UCUCCCAUCCCACCGUUCCCAUGACUGGAGCCAGGAUGACUGGCCAGAGAGUUCAUGGGUUCUCUCUGGAGCCAAGAGAUUAAGAUUCUAAUAAGGAUUUUGUCACCGGUAGCCAUGGCCUUUUGGGCAAAUGAACUUUUCUCAGCCUCAAGUUUCCUCCCCUGUUGAGGAGAGGUGAUACCACAUGGCCCACCCAUCUCAGACUGAAACCUACACCCAUAAAAGGCAAUGUGGGAGAGGAACAAAUGACGGUGACAGUGACGGUAGGGGCGUGUACCUACGGAGCUCUCACUCCUGGCACCAUUCAGUGCUUUGCACCUGUCUGUGCGCCUGGUCCUCACAGAACCCUCUGAGGAGGAGUGUACACCUUGGACAGUAAUAAGCAGUGGACAAAUAAGGUCACUGGAGAGAAACUGCCUGAAUGUGAAGCAGUGUGCGGGAAGCCCAAGAACCCAGUGGAUCAGGUGCAGCGGAUCAUGGGUGGCUCGCUGGACGCCAAAGGCAGCUUCCCCUGGCAGGCUAAGAUGAUCUCCCACCAUAACCUUACCUCGGGGGCCACGCUCAUCAAUGAACAGUGGCUGCUGACCACGGCUAAGAAUCUCCGCCUGGGUCAUAAAAAUGAUACAAAAGCAAAAGAUAUUGUUCCUACUUUAAGACUCUAUGUGGGAAAGAAACAGGAGGUGGAGAUUGAGAAUGUGAUUUUCCAUCCUGACAACUCCACGGUAGAUAUCGGGCUCAUCAAACUCAAGCAGAAGGUGCCCAUUAAUGAGAGGGUGAUGCCCAUUUGCCUCCCUUCUAAAGAUUACGUGAAGGUGGGGCUUGUGGGCUACGUGUCUGGCUGGGGGCGAAACGCCAACCUCAACUUUACGGAGCAUCUGAAGUAUGUCAUGCUGCCGGUGGCUGACCAAGAAAAAUGUGUACAGUACUACGAAGGCAGCACGGUGCCCGAGAAGAAGAAACCCAAGAGCCCAGUGGGGGUGCAGCCCAUCCUGAACGAGCACACCUUCUGCGCCGGCUUGUCCAAGUACCAGGAAGACACCUGCUACGGCGACGCCGGCAGCGCCUUUGCUGUUCACGACAAGGAUGAUGACACCUGGUACGCGGCCGGGAUCCUGAGCUUCGACAAGAGCUGUCGUGCGGCGGAGUACGGUGUGUAUGUGAGGGUGACCUCCAUCCUGGACUGGAUUCAGAAAACCAUAGCCGACAACUGAGGCCGCCAGCCUGGGCCUGAAAGGACGAGGGAAAACUGGACGGGAGCGGAGGGGAGAAAACGUGGUGUGAAGCUGCCGGGUUCCAGCCCCGCAUUGCUGAGUCAGUCAGUCAAUAAAGAGCUUCCUUUGA